CCUAUCUCUUUUUUUUCGGCGACCACAACGCCGUCACGUUCUUCCUCGCAAAUACUCACAACCGCAUCGUCACCACUGCCUUCAGCAACCGGCCCUAGGGCUUCUCCGUGCACGUCGCAUAUCCCUUUCUCUCACCCUCCCGAGGACCGUAAUUGGCGCUCCGUUUGCCUGCGAUGUCACUGGUACCGCGCUUAAGAUAGCAUCUCCCCUGUCCAUCACCCGCCCACGCAUCCUCUGUUGGCACUCCUCCCGCCCCGUCUUUCCCGCUCGCCCUGUUUCCCACAUGUUCGCAGAUGGUAAAUCGCAGUCGCGUCACUUCGGUCUCUCCUCGAUAAUCCUGACCUGCUCGAUCUACUUCCUGCAUCCCCUCCGCCUCGCCAAUUCCCCCCUACGUCGAGCUGCUGCCGGUCGAACGUGACGAAGUCCACCGCGACAAGACAGGCCAGAGAGUCCACACCCCCCACAGCCAUCAUGGAGGAUGGGGAAAGUAUGAAGAAUGGCUCUGGGGGCCUUGCUCUCCAAACCGCGUCAGCAUUAGUCGCGAACGUGCCCAUCCUCAAGAAGGAGGGCGACAGCGCCGCUUCGUCGCCGAAUGCCAGCAAGGGGUCUCGGUCGACGAGCCUGUCGCCCGAUGACCUGAAGGCUCGAAGCGACAGUGCGUCGACUCCCGACGGUCACCCGCCAAAAUUUACGCGCAAGACAUCUCACAGGGUGGCGUUCCGGCCGAUUCUCUUCGGCGAUCUCCCCGAUGUCACCUUGGAGUCGUGCAGCCACUUCCAGGUGAUUCCGGAUUGUCUGUACGGGUCUAAGUCUCUCGGUUCGACGGAUCACGAUGCGCUGGACUGCGACUGUAGCGAAGAGUGGCGGGAUGGCACGAACCACGCCUGCGGCGACGACUCGGAUUGCAUCAAUCGGGCCACCAAGAUGGAGUGUGUUGACGCCGAUUGCAAUUGCGGCAGCAGCUGCCAAAAUCAACGGUUUCAGCGGAAGCAGUACGCCGAUGUCUCGGUAAUACAGACCGGGAAGAAGGGGUUCGGGCUUCGGUCCAACAAAGACCUCGAGGCUAACGAUUUCAUCUACGAGUAUAUCGGAGAGGUCAUCAACGAGCCCACAUUCCGAAGGCGAAUGAUCCAGUACGACAAGGAGGGUAUUCGUCACUUCUAUUUCAUGUCUCUAACCAAGAAUGAGUUUGUAGACGCGACCAAAAAAGGCAACCUGGGCCGCUUCUGUAACCACUCGUGCAAUCCCAACUGCUACGUGGACAAAUGGGUGGUUGGUAACAAGUUGCGCAUGGGCAUCUUCGCCUCGAGGAGGGUCCAGGCCGGCGAAGAAUUGGUCUUCAAUUACAACGUGGAUCGGUACGGCGCCGAUCCCCAACCCUGCUACUGCGGGGAACAGAACUGCAUCGGGUUCAUCGGAGGCAAAACACAAACGGGCCGGGCAACGAAACUGCCCGAUGCUACCAUUGAAGCCCUCGGGAUUGACGACGGCGAUGGUUGGGAUACCGCCGUUGCCAAGAAGCCUCGCAGGAAGAAGGUGGGAGAAGACGACGAGGAGUACGUUAAUAGCGUGCAAGCUCGCGGGCUUGACGAGAAGGAUGUUACCAAAGUUAUGGCUACUCUCAUGCAAUGCAAGGAGAAGUGGAUCGCUGUCAAGCUGCUAGAGCGUAUUCAACGUUGCGACGACGACCGGGUGCGCAACCGGGUUGUGCAGAUGCACGGCUAUCAGAUCCUCAAGACGGCUCUGAACACGUUCGUGGAGGAUCAUAAUGUCGUAUUGCAAAUCCUCAACAUUCUCUACAAGUUCCCUCGCCUUACCAAGAACAAAAUCUCCGAUUCCAAGAUCGAGUCCACCAUCGAGGCAUUGACGAAGUCGGAACACGAAGAUGUGGCCGCGGAGGCUACGCAGCUACUCGACGAAUGGAGCAAGUUGGAAGUCGCCUACCGGAUUCCCCGAAAGAAGCUGGAUCCCAAUACUCAGUCGACGCCGAGCACACAGUCAGUCAACUCCUUCGAGGAGCGCCGCGGCAAUCGUCCGGAGGAGCCGCUCAUCAAGGCCGUCUUCACACUCCCGGAAAACAUUCCGAAGGGCCCUCGCAGCAGCGUCCCUCAACGGAACCACACCUACUUUAACAAUCAACGGCAUCGUCGUCCCCCUGCCCAGAACCUCCCCCCGGGUUGGUUUUCGGCAAACGAUAAGAACGGGUAUCUGUACUACUAUACCCGAACCGGUAUUACGACGUGGCGAACGCCAACCGCACCCCCGCCCGACACCAAUCCGACCCAGCCAAAGGGACCGUCUAAAGCAGCUCAGGAGCAGAAAACGCUGCAGGACAUCAUCGACUCACUCACCAAGCCCGACAGCAUCCCUCGGAGGUCGGCGUCACAGACGCCGCAAACCAGCACUCCGACUCAGGAGCCCAAGAAGGAGAAGUGGCGCUCGCUCCCGAUCGAGAAGCAGAUGAAGAUCUAUGAAAACACACUAUUUCCCCACGUGAAAUACGUCGUGGAUAAAUUUCGCCAGAAGCUCCCCAAGGAAGAACUGAAGAAAUUCUCCAAAGAAAUUAACAAGAAGCUUGUCGCGUCGGAUUACAAGAACAAUCGCGUGGACGACCCGACCUCCAUCACCGAGAAGCAGGAAAAGAAGGUCAAGAAAUACGUGAGGGAUUUCUUCGAACGUGCAGUCGAGAAAUACAGGGAGCACGAGAAGAAGAAAGCCGAACGGGCGAAAAAUGGCUCGGAUGCGUCGCGAAAAACCGGUAGUGCCGAGCCACCGAGCCAGUCGGGGCCGCCAGCUGCCGAAGAGGACGAGGACAUGAUGACGACGGGCGAUGACGACGAUGUCGGCUCGACGCCUAAGAGCCCCUAUCGUAAGCGGAAGUAUGAGGAUGAUGCAGCGGAUUCUCCCAGCCUAACGCCUUCCGAGACGCCUUCGGCAAAGCGGGUGAAGGAGGAUGACGGUGAUGUUCCUAGCCCGCCGCCGCCGCCGCCUCCCCCCCCAAUCGACGGGGAAUCCACAUUGGAUAUGCUGGCCGAGCAGGACAAGGAGGCGCUCGGGGAGCCGGGGACCAUAUCGAAGAUGGGCGGGGGUGCGUCGGUCCAGCAUAUCACCGAGGAGACAGAACGGCGACGGCUACGGGAAGAAGAGGUGGCACUAGAGCGGGAGAACGAGCUUAAUAUGCUCGCUUUCGAGCAAGAGCAAGAAGACAGGAAGCUGGUGAACGGAAGCGGCCAGGCCGACACGGGCCACUCGCAUACCCACGAAGACGACUCGAGAAACGGCGGAGUAGACUCGGCUAAUGGUGAUAGCGGUACGGUUCAGCAUAAUACUAGAAAGCACGAGGUCAUGAGCCACUGAGCGAAUGUCUAGGAUCAUAAGGCGGCCUAGUCGGGCGCCAGUUGGCUCACAUCUUGGGACCAUCAUCAUGAUAUUCUUUUGCCCGAUUCCAUGUACAAUACCUGGCCCAGCCCUCAUGGAGGUCCUGUUGUGUUUUUUUGUUUCUCUCUUCACCUUCAUCCUAUGCAAAGGGCAUCCUCGUUGCAUUUUAAUUACCUUCCGGUGUCGGGGAGGGAGAAGUGCUUUUUUUAAAAGGAUCUAGGGUUCGACAACUGGCGUUUUGGUAAAGAGGGUGGAAAAGGGGGCGGGGGAAGGGGAUACACACUAUCUUGCAUCCGGCUAUUCAUCAUCCAUUACGGCACACGAGAGAAGGGAGGUUUUCACGAAAGAGGGGGGGGGGGGGGGGGGGCAGAAGCGCUCGCGUGGCGCAUUGUGAUACCAUAGC